CAGAAAGGCAAUUGGAAGAUCAUGAGUACGUCCUAGAUGCCUAUAAAGACAUGAAGCGAUUUUCUUUUCACGCCCGAUUCCACUUCAGGUUCAGGAAAGACUUUAGAAAAUAUGAAUUUUUUCAUCACCCGCAGCAAUUCUUUCCUUAUGGUAUGCUGAAUAUCGAAAACGAAGCUGGCGGUGAUGAAAAUAUGAAUCCAAUUCCAACCCACCUACAGGUAGAGCACAUGGUCAUCCAAGAAGGCAAAUGUCCUGUGAUAUUUUCCCACAUCUGGAUUCGAGAUGACCACAAGAAGAUUUGGAGCAAAACCUAUAUGCUUCUCAGAGACCAAAGACUGUUCUUCUCCCAGAAAAUUCAAGCGCUAGCCAAGUUCAUGCGGACGCCAAAAGAACAGGCUAUCUCGAUGCCUGCUAAAGAAGUGGUGGAAGUGACAGUUGCACCACCCAUUGGUAUGCCUGGAGAGGAGACUCGCAUCAUGCCACCAAUGGAGAUAAUCAGAACACAUAGGACUCUCUAUAUAAUUAGGCUUCUGAAGUCACAAGAACUGGCUUGUUUGGAUGCAGAAGUUUAUAGUGUUCCAACAGAAGAGGCUGACAUCUGGCAGCGUCGUCCAAUCGCUUUCCAAAUCGGAAGAACGAAAACCCGGCCUUGCGGUUCGGAAGAUUGA